CCGGCGGGGCCAAGCUGGCCAACUCACAGUCCACUCGGGGCACCGGACACCAGCCCGGCACACCGGGCCCCGCGGGCACAGGCAGAGCCCGUGGCUACCAAUGGACCUCCUGGCACUCACUGUCCUCCUGGUGGGGUUGCCAGCAGCAGUGGGCUGGCAGGAGCCUGACCCGAGCCAUGGCUGUGCCAGUGGCAGCUGCUACCCAGCCACUGGGAACCUGCUGGUGGGGAGAGCCCCACGCCUAAGUGCCACCUCCACCUGCGGGUUGGAUGGGCCCCAAGAGUACUGCAUCGUCAGUCACCUCCAGGACUCAGAGAAAUGCUUCACAUGCGACUCACGGGACCCAUCCCUUCCCGAGAGCCACCGCAUCGAGAAUGUCAUCUACGUGAGUGGCCCUCACGGCCAGCGGACCUGGUGGCAGUCAGAAAACGGUGUGGAGCAUGUCAGCAUCCGCCUGGACCUGGAGGGCGAGUUCCAUUUCACCCACCUCAUCAUGAAGUUUAAGACAUUCCGCCCUGCAGCCAUGCUGGUGGAGCGUUCGGCUGACUUUGGGCGCAGCUGGAAGGUCUACCGAUACUUCGCCUAUGACUGCUCCAAGCUCUUCCCUGGCAUCCCCAACCAGCCCUCGGGGCUGGUGGAUGAGGUGUUGUGUGACCAGCGCUACUCUGAGAUUGAGCCCUCCAGCCAUGGGGAGGUCAUCUUUAAGGUGCUGGACCCCUCCAUCCAUGUGGCGGAUCCCUACAGCCCGGACAUCCAGGACCUGCUGCGUGUUACCAACCUGCGAGUGAACCUCACUAAGCUGCACACACUGGGGGACAACCUGCUAGACACACGUCAGGAGGUACUCCACAAGUAUUACUACGCUGUGGAUGAGCUGGUGCUGCGUGGGAGCUGCUUCUGCCAUGGCCAUGCUGCACACUGUGCCCCAGCACCCGGCGCCCCAAUGUCCUCUGUCCCUGGCAUGAUCCACGGGCGCUGUGUCUGUGAGCACUACACGCAGGGGCUGAACUGUGAGCGCUGUGAGGACUUCUACCACGACCUGCCCUGGCGCCCAGCUGAGGGCUCCAACACCAAUGCCUGCCGUCGCUGUGACUGCAACGAGCACUCACAGCGGUGCCACUUUGACAUGGCUGUCUUCCUGGCCACGGGGAACACCAGUGGGUCUGUGUGUGACGACUGCCAGCACAACACCAUGGGCCGCCGCUGCCAUCUCUGCAAACCCUUCUACUACCAGCACCCCCGCUCUGACAUCCGCUCCCCCACUGCCUGCGCCCCAUGUGACUGUGACCCAGCAGGCUCACUGGAUGGAGGUGCCUGUGAUGGGCACACUGAUGUGUCUCUGGGCAUGAUUGCGGGGCAGUGCCGCUGCAAAGAAAAUGUGGUGGGUCCCCGCUGUGACCGCUGCCGCCAUGGCGCCUACGGCCUCAGCCAUGGAGAUCCACUGGGCUGCCAGCCAUGCAGGUGCGACCCACGGGGCACUGUUGCGGGCAGCUCCCCCUGCGACCCCAUCAGUGGGGACUGCUACUGCAAACGCUUUGUGGCCGGGCGCUCCUGCAGCCAGUGUGUGCCUGAGUUCUGGGGCCUGAGCUAUGAUGUGGGGGGAUGCCGACCCUGUGACUGCGACUUUGGGGGAGCUUACAGCAACCGGUGCUCCAUGGAGGAUGGGGCAUGUCCCUGCCGUUCUCACCUCAUGGGGCGUCAGUGUGACCAGGUACAGCCCGGCUUCUUCUGUGCCCACCUCGACUACUACACCUAUGAGGCUGAGCGGGCCACCGGACAUGUCCACAGCCACCCCCAGCUCCCAGGUGCUGUUCGGGCCGAGGUGCCCCCAGACUGCUUGGAGUAUGACACUGGGGAGCUUGGGGGGCGAAAGGGACGCCCACGGCCCCACCGCAGCCCUCCCCGUUCCCCUCAGCCCCGCAGCCCCGCACGCCGUGGCCGCCAGCAGCCCUCCAAGCCUGAUGUGGAGGAGGUGGUACGGGACGACUCCGGGCGCAUGGUGACGUGGACAGGAUCGGGGUUCGCCCGGGUGCGGGAUGGGGCUGGCCUGACCUUCCGUGUGGAUAAUGUGCCCUACCCCAUGGACUACGAGCUGCUGGUGCGCUACGAGCCCGAGUCAGCUGAGGACUGGGAGGCUGUGGUCAGCGUCAGCUCCCAGGUGCUGCCCACCAGCCCUCGCUGUGGGAACCUACUGCCCUCUGAGCAGAUGUACCGUGAGAACCUGCUCCACAGCCAGAGGUAUGUGCUGCUGUCUCGGCCCUUUUGCUUUGAGCCCAGCACCCCCUACGAGGUGACCAUGAGGCUUCAACGGGCUGGUGUCACCCAGCGCCACCCUGGUGCCUUCAUCCUGAUUGACUCGCUGGUGCUCCUACCACGGGUGUCAGAGCUUCCGGGCUUCCAUGGAGCAGAAGCAGCAGCAGCAGCACGUCGGGAGGAGCUGGAGCGGUACCGGUGCCUGGAGGCAUUUCGCAUGGCCCCACCAUCCCCUCUGGCUGAGGCCUGUGCCCGCCUGGUCUGCAGCGUCUCGGCACUGCUGCACGGCGGGGCACUGCCCUGCCAGUGUGACCCACAGGGCUCCCGCAGCAGCGAGUGCCAGGUGCAGGGGGGGCAGUGUGAGUGCAAGCCCCAUGUCCUUGGACGGCGCUGUGACCACUGUGCCCCAGGCAGCUAUGGAUUCGGGCCCCUGGGCUGCAGCCCCUGUGCCUGCUCGCCAGAGGGUUCAGUGUCACAGCUAUGUGACACAGUGAGUGGACAGUGCCAGUGUCAGCCUGGUGCCGUGGGCCGGCAGUGUGACCAGUGCCAGCCUGGCCACUGGGGCUUCCCCACUUGCCGGCCCUGCCAGUGCAAUGGGCACGCUGAGGAGUGUGACCCCCGGACUGGCAGCUGCCUGCACUGCCGCGACCACACCGCUGGCCGGCACUGCGAGAGGUGCCAAGAUGGUUACUACGGGGACCCAGAGCUGGGCUCUGGGCAGCAGUGCCGGCCCUGUCCCUGCCCUGGCUACCCUGGCACUCAGCACUACCACGGCAGCGCGUGCCACGCUGAUGAGGAGACCCACCACAUCGUCUGCCUCUGCGCGCCCGGAUAUGCUGGGCCCCGCUGUGACCGCUGCUCCCCCGGCUACUUCGGGGCACCAGAGAUGGAGGGGGGCAUGUGCCGGCCGUGCCAGUGCAACAACAACAUUGAUGCCAGCGACCCGGGGGCCUGUGACCCCCGCACGGGGCAGUGCCUACGCUGCCUGUACAACACUGAUGGCCCUCACUGUGCCCACUGCCAGCCUGGCUACUAUGGCAAUGCCCUGCACCGCAGCUGCCGACGUUGUGGCUGUGACCCACAAGGCACCCUGGCCUCCCAUUGCACCUCUGGCACCUGCACCUGUGACCGCAGCACGGGCGCCUGUGCCUGCCGGCCCAACGUGAUGGGCAGGAGCUGUGACCGCUGUGCACCCCACUUCUGGAACCUGGGGGGGCCAGAGGGCUGCGAGCCAUGUGGCUGCCACCCCACACAUGCCCUGCACCCCUCCUGUGAUGCGGUGACGGGGCAAUGUCAGUGCCAGCCUGGAUUUGGAGGCCGUGUCUGCUCUCAGUGCCAGGAGCAUCACUGGGGAGACCCUGAGCACGAGUGCCGAGCAUGUGAGUGUGAGCCACUGGGUGCCGUGAGCCUGCAGUGUGAGCAGGCCAGUGGGCAGUGCCAGUGCCGGCCAGGCUUUGGGGGGCUGCGCUGUGACCGCUGCCAGCGGGGAUACCAGGAGGCCUUCCCCCACUGCUCGCCCUGCCACCCCUGCUUUGGGCGCUGGGACCCAACCCUGGGCAGCCUGCAGGAUGGUCUGCAGCGCCUGGGGAUGCAGGCACAGGCACUGCAGGAGGGGGGGGGCAUGCCCCAGCUCAGCCCCCACCGCCUGUGGGCACUGGAGGAGGCCCUGGGGCAUGUGGAACGGCUGCUGGGCAAGGAGAGCAGCCCUGGAAGCUCCCUCCUCAACGAGCUGCCUGGAUGGCUGGAUGGCACCAGGAUGGAGCUGGAUGAUUUCUGGAAGCAGCUCCAAGAUCUGGAGCAACAUCUGGAUCAGCUGGCACAGGCAGAUGUGCAGCACCGCGACCGGCUAGCCGGGCUGAGCCAUUGGCUGGGGGGGCUCAACCAAACCACCACCCACCUCCAAAUUCUCCUCGGCACAGUGGCAGCUGCUGGAUUUGGCGAGUCUUACCGCAGCAUCCUGGCAUCAGCAGAAGGCUCGCGGCAGGCAGAGGCAGUGGCUAACAGCACAGCUGGUGAGCUGAACAGGUCACAAAUGACACGAUGGGCAGCCGAGCAGGCUUUGCGGCAGCGGGGCGAUGCUUUCCGCCGUGGCACAGCUGCGGCACGGAAAUCUUUGCGGGAGACACAGAAACGGGUGAUGGGACUCAGCAUCACCAGGAUCAAUGAGAAGAUUUGUGGGGUGCCUGGGGACCGGAAAUGUGACCAAGCACCUUGUGGAGGAGCAUUGUGCCAGGACAGCAGGGGAACACGGCGCUGUGGUGGACCAGGAUGUGCAGGGGCACUGCCUGUCUCUGCUCGAGCCCUAGGCAGUGCUUAUAACGCCUCACAGCAGCUGGAAGUGGCAUUGGGACAGUUGGGAGUUGUGGCACAGAAGGAGGUGCAGGAGCUGGCGCGGGGGGCACGAAGCAGGGCAGAGGAGGCACUGGGGCGCUCACAGGCUGCCCGGCACCGCGCAGAGAAGGCGACAACCCAGCUGCGGGACUUCAUCCGCCGUAUCAAGGCCUUCCUGGCAGAGGAGGGAGCUGACCCUGGGAGCAUUGAGAUAGUGGCCCGGCAGGUGCUGAACAUCUCCCUGCCCAGCAGCCCUGGUCGGAUCCAGGAGCUGCUGCAGGAGAUGCGUGAGAGCAUCGGCCAGCUGGAGGGGGUGGAUGCAGUGCUGAACAGCACAGCACAGGGGCUGGCCAAAGCACGGGGGCUGCUGGUGCAAGGACAGGAUGCCAGGGAGCGAGCAGAGGGUGUGAGGGAUGAGCUGGCAGGGACGCAGCGGGCACUGAAGGAAGCACGAGCACAAGCAACAGCAGCAAGAAGCACCCUGCGGAGUGCCAGGGAUGCCAUCCGGGCAGCUGAGAGCAGAGCCAAGGAGGCGGAGCGCAGGCUGCAGGUGCUGGAGGGGAAGGAGUUGAGGGCACAGCGGCGACUGCGGGAGCUGGCACAGCGCGUCACUGCCCUGCAGAAGCAGGGCCAGGAUGCCCGCUCCCUGGCACAGCAAGCCAAGGACGGGGCACAGCGUGCCACCGUCGCCUCGGGGACACUCAGCCAGGACCUGGCACAGGUGACGCAGCGCUACAUGGUGCUGAAGGGCCGGGUGAGUGGGCUGUCCGGGAUGUCCAGCGGCGCCCUGCAGCGUGUGACGCAGCUGACAGCAGAGGCCAGGGACCUCCUGGACAAGGCCAACGGCAGUAAGAGGAAGCUGGAAGAGCUGGAGCAGCACUUCGGGGCCAACGAGCGGGAGAUGGCUGCGAAGGCGACGCGACUGCUGGCGUUGGAGCAGCGGGUCUGGGGGCUGCUGGAGGAGAUCCGGGAGAGGGCCAACGCCUACGCCACCUGUUAGGCUCCGGGGCUGGCCCUGUCCCGCAGCCCGGGGUCCCGUCCCCUUCCGCGGGAGCCUGUGGCGCGGCCGCGCCUGCAA